CAUAUUAUUAACAUGUUAUUACAGGAGGUGUUUUAGAUAUUGAUCCAGUAUUCCGUCGUAGUUACAAACUCACUCACGGGCUAAAAACACGGACCUGUUAAACUCGACUGUUUAACGAGUGCAAACAAACAAACGCGGGAAAAAAAUGCCCAAGAGGAAGUCACCUGAGGGAGCGGAGGGGAAAGACUCUACUAAAGUCACAAAACAGGAGCCCACUCGGAGGUCAGAGCGCCUGUCCUCGAAACCGGCUCCUCCUAAACCCGAGCCCAAACCCAAAAAAGCUGCAGCUAAGAAGGCAUCUGACGACAAAGCGGCAAAAGGAAAGAAGGGCGGAGCCAAAGGCAAGAAGGAGGAGAAAGAGGCGGUGCCCACUGAGAAUGGAGAGACCAAGCCAGAGGGGGAAUCUGCGACCACUGAGGCCGAGGCAGAAGCUAAGGAGUGAUUCUAGCUGGUUUUCUGGGGAAUGGAAAAGACAUUUUUUUAUUCUUUAUUGAGUAUUUUGUAAGAUGCUAACUUUUUUUAGACUUGUCAUUGUAGAUUUACUUAGCAAGCUCACACUCCUCCCAGAAGUCCCCGUUCUACUCUGUUAUCACCGGAUCGGACAGAUCUGUCGACGAAAAACAAGAAAACUUUUUUUUUUUCUUAAAUGUUUCACCAGCAGCAGCCAUAUCAGUUCACUUUUUAGUCAGUCGGAAACCUGCGUCCUACGUCCCCCUCAGUAACGUAACAACACGUGCUUAAUGUUUGUGCCGCGCUGAAUGAAUCAUCUGGACAUUCAGGCUCAUGAGUUUAGUGUGUAUUUUGAGUUUUCUGGGUUUUUCAAUUAUAAUCUCUUGUAUAAUGUAUAAUAAUAAUAAUAAUGUUGCUGAAUGAGAACGAUUGAAAAGAAAAAAAAAACAAUUAUGUUUCCAAAUUGUUUUUUAAUCCUCUUUAAUGGGCAGAUUGGGACUCAUGGA